AAAGUGAAGAAAGAGCUUUAUCAUUUACCUUCUAGCUAAAAUACUAGUCGUCAAAUCUAGGGUUUUCCCCAUCCAUCGAUUGAAAAUUAGAGUGUCGGUUUUGGGGCUCGUUUCUUCGUGGCCUCAUGGAGGCGGUAGUGGUCGAUGCUGGCUCCAAGAUUCUCAAGGCGGGAUUCGCUAUCCCAGAUCAGGCUCCAUCCUUGAUAAUUCCUACUCAAAUGAAACGCAUGCUGGACGAUGGAUCCUCUGCAGAUAAUUCAAUAUCCGAAGAUGUCACUGUUGAUCCCGUCGUGCAAGGAUGCGUUAAAGACUGGGAUGCAAUGGAAGAUUUGUUGCACCAUGUUCUAUACACUGGUCUUGAAUGGGAAGUUGGGAAUGAAGGACAAAUUUUGUUUACUGAACCACUUUGUACUCCCAAGGCUGUCAGAGAACAACUGGUGCAAUUGCUAUUUGAAACUUUUAAUGUCUCCGGAUUUUAUGCGUCGGAGCAAGCAGUAUUAUCUCUCUAUGCUGUCGGGCGUAUCUCAGGUUGUACUGUUGAUAUUGGUCAUGGGAAGAUAGACAUAGCUGCGGUACUUGAAGGUGCUGUCCAGCACAUUGCCUCAAGAAGAUUCGAAGUUGGAGGUAGUGAUUUGACAAAGUUACUUGCUCAAGAGCUGGGUAAAUCAAAUCCUAUGGUGAACCUCAGUAUCUCUGAUGCUGAGAAACUAAAAGAGCAAUUCACAUGUUGUGCUGAGGAUGAAGUUGCUUAUGACAGAAUACUUAGAACUUGUGAGACAGAGGAACAUACCCUUCCUGAUGGACAGGUGAUAAGAAUUGGAAGAGAAAAAUAUACUGUUGGUGAGGCGUUGUUCCAACCAUCCAUAUUGGGUCUCGAAGCUCAUGGAAUUGUUGAGCAGCUUGUUCGUAGUGUUGCAACAGUUUCUUCUGAGAACCAGAAGCAGCUGUUAGAAAAUACCGUUCUUUGUGGUGGGACUACAUCUAUGACAGGUUUUGAAUCUAGGUUCCAGAAAGAAGCAAACCUCUGCUCAUCAGCUAUCCGUCCUUGUCUAGUGAAGCCUCCAGAAUAUAUGCCAGAGAAUUUGGCAAUGUACUCGGCAUGGGUGGGAGGCGCAAUUCUCGCUAAAGUGGUGUUUCCACAAAAUCAACAUGUAACCAAGGCAGAUUAUGAUGAGACCGGGCCUUCUAUUGUUCAUAGGAAGUGCUUUUGAUUAAUUUUAGUUGAAUGAGCUUUCUGUCUGUAUUAUCUUAGGAAUGCUGCUGGUAAUGUCAGUAUAAGACCUGAAAUUGAGAAUUUGGGUUACAACCUAAACGAAAAAAAGAUGUAGUUUAUAUUACUGAUAUCAGUGUAGGUAACCGGGUAUUUCAUUAAUUUCAAGGACCUGCCUACAAUUUGUUAUGUUUUUUUUGUGCCUGGUAAUGUAAUUACCCACAUUUUCUGA